AUGCAGGCUUUUGGUGGCAUCGUCCCGCGAGGAAGUUCCUCCCUCAAAGCACUGGGCUACAUCCAGCCCGCACGCUACAUAUCCUUGACCGGCGCCAUUGAGAAGGGUCACCGAGAAGCCCAGCACAGCGCAAGCAGACAUGAGGCACGCUACAGAGCUGUUCGAGAUGAGGAUCGGGAUCGGACUCAGGCUCAGGGACUGGCUGGGCCGGCCCUGAAGGUGCAUCGCGGUGCUUCCGACCGGUGGGAUCAACCAGACGGGCAGCGGUGGACGCUGACGAGACGAACGUCUCACCGGCAGCCAGACGAGAGACCAGCACACUCCGAAGCGAGGGCGCCCGUUUCACUCCCAUACACGACUGCCAGUUCGGAAUUCAUCUAUGGAACUUUUUCUGUCCUGUCCGCCCUCAAGGCUAGGAGGCGCAAGCUUUACAAACUCUACCGACUGCGUUCCCCGACCCAUACUAGUAAUCGAGACUCGGACAAGCCUGCGCGAACGAAAGCAAAUACUGGCACCGAUCGGUUCGAAGGCUCGUGGGACCACAUACAAGCUCAAGAGGAUAUCUACAACCUUGCGAAAAGAGCAGGAGUGGAGGUCAAGGACGUUUGGGGUCCGGAAUGGAACAGGAUUCUAUCUAAAGCUGCGACAGGGCGACCGCAUAAUGGUUUGGUGCUGGAGGCUUCACCGCUGCCCAAAUUACCAGUGACAGGGCUGUCUCCUCUCAACAGCUCAUCAGACGCUAUCCUCGCCACUGUAGGUUGGGCUUCACAAGAAGAUCAAGAGGUCAACCGUGCGUUCGAGAACCGUGGCAAUGUUGCAACCAUUCCGUCUGUCCGCCCAUCUCACCGCUAUCCUUUCAUCCUCCUCCUCGACUGCAUUACCGACACCGGUAAUUUCGGCGCGAUCGUCCGGUCUGCCUGGUUUCUUGGAGUCGACGCUAUACUCAUUCUCGAUCACGGCACCGCUCCUAUAUCAUCCAACAGUCUGAAAGCCUCCGCCGGAGCUCUCGAGUAUAUGCCGAUUCUGCAUGUGAAGAACGAGAGAUCUUUCGUCAAGAUUUCACGGGAGAAUGGCUGGAGAUUCUUUGGUGCCGAUGCUCCUGACAGCGAGCGCCCAUUGCUCAAUCACUACGCCAAGGGCAAAAAUGUUCGAACGCUGGGAUUUGAAGGAGCGUUAUUGCGACAUCCUUGCGUAUUAGUCCUUGGGAAUGAAGGGACUGGCAUCCGAGAUUUCAUGAAGUCUCUCGUGGACGGCGUAGUGGGAAUCCCCAACGCAAGACCACAAAUCGGAGAUAUUGAUAGUCUCAACGUCAGCGUGGCAGCGGCUUUGAUGACCCAGAGAUUCUUCGAUUCUGCCCCUGCCCCAAGUGGUCCUGAGUAA